UGAAAAGCCUUGAAACAGGGAACUGUUUCAACUACCUUGGCGGUAUCUAAGAUCUAAAAUUAACUCUGCUCCAGUGGUGCCAAGAAGUCUUUGGAACACGAAAAUUCCUGUAAGUUGGUGAGAUUUGGCUUUUCUUUCUUUUACUCCAGAGCCUGUUGAAACUCAAGGGAGGACCAGAAGUUCUUAUGUGUUGGCAUUGGACAAGAUGGAAAAUUCAACGGUGGAUAUGGAUUACGACGCAACAACUGAAUUCGACUACGGGACUUCGGCCCCAUGCGAAAAGUAUAAUGUCAAAGCUCUGGCAACCCAGUUACUGCCCCCGCUGUACUCCCUGGUGUUUAUAGUGGGGCUGGUGGGCAACGUCGUGGUAGCGCUGAUCCUCAUUAAAUACAAGAGGCUCAGAAUCGUGACCAACAUCUACCUCCUCAACUUGGCGUUUUCUGAUUUGCUUUUCCUUUUCACCCUUCCAUUUUGGAUUCACACUGAAGUGAAAAGCGAGUGGGUCUUCGGAAAUUCCAUGUGCAAAUUUGUUUCCGGGCUCUAUUACAUGGGCCUCUACAGCGAGAUCUUCUUCAUAGUCCUCUUGACGGUCGAUCGGUACCUGGCCAUCGUCCACGCCGUGUUCGCUUUACAAGUCAGGACGGUCAACUUUGGCAUCAUGACAAGUGCCGUCACCUGGGGAUUGGCAGGGUUGGCGGCCCUCCCUUCAUUUGUCUUCAGCACAUCUCAGAGAAGCCUCGAGAAUCACGUAUGCAGCCCGGUUUACCCCGAUGCCAAAGCAGAGAACUGGAAGCACUUCCGAACCCUGAAAAUGAACCUCUUGGGACUUAUUUUUCCUAUGAUCGUUAUGGUUGUCUGUUAUGCGGGAAUUAUCAAAAAGCUGCUGAAAUGCCGGAAUGAGAAAAAGUAUAAGGCAGUCCGGCUGAUUUUUGUAAUAAUGAUAGUCUUCUUUCUUUUCUGGACCCCCUAUAACCUUGUUCUUCUCUUGAAUAAUUUUCAAAUGUACUUCUUUGAGGGUGAGUGUGAGAAAAGCAAGCAACUGGACAUAGCCAUGCAGGUGACGGAAGUGAUCACUUUUAUCCACUGCUGUGCCAACCCGGUGAUUUACGCCUUUGUUGGUGAGCGGUUUCAGAAAUAUCUCUGUCACUUCUUCCGAAGGCGCAUGGCUGUGAAGCUGGGUAAACAUAUUCCUCUCUUCCCUUGCGAGAAACUGGAGCGAGUGAGCUCAGUUACCCCAUCAACAGGAGAGCAGGAUUUGUCAGGUGGGUUUUAGGCAGGUGACACGUUUUAGACA